AUGUUGAUUCUUUCCCUGCUUGCGCUGGCCUCGGCCUAUAUCGUCUGGAGCUUUGUUUGCCUCGAAACUAACGUGCGCAAUGCGCGUGCACUAGAUUUUCCUGUCGUCCGUCUACCCAUUGAUGCCAACAAUGUCUUCUGGAUCCUACUGCAACCGCACGUCUGGACAAUCCUCGAUCACCUUCCAUUCAAUUGGUCCUCCUAUCCGCGUUUCGUCCGCUACUCACGCCGCGGCUGGUACGUAGCCGAGCGCGCAGAUGCCCACGUCCACUUGGGACCUGUUUGGGCAUUGGUAUCUCCUGUGAGCAUCAACGUUCAUGUCGCCGAUCCGGACACGAUUCAAGACAUCGUGACACGUCGUGGCGACUUCCAACGUCCCUCUGCCGAACUCAAAAUCUUGGAACUAUACGGACCAUGCAUCUCAACUGCGAGAUGGCCAGACUGGCCACGCCACCGCAAACCCAUGGCCACGCCGUUCAAUGAGACUAUCAUGGCCUCUGUCUGGGGCGAGUCGCUCCGCCAAGCCCGAGCCAUGGUACAGACGUGGGUGGGCUUCUCCGACGCUGGGAUUCAGAGCUAUCAACGAGACACCCGGGCACUUUCGCUCAAUGUGCUUGCGGGUGCUGGCUUUGGCAAGCCAUAUGACUUCCGCUCUUCCACGGAACCUGUGACCGAUGAGAUCGGGGAAUACCGUGACUCAUUACAGACGGUUCUGGACAACAUCAUCCUCCUGCUUGUCGUUCCGUUUCGCGUGCUGACCAUGGUUCCUGGUAGAUGGACCCGCAUCGGCAAUGCCGGCAUCUCAUUCAAGCAACACAUGGUGAAGAUGCUGGAAGAUGAGACCACGGCUCUGAGCGAGGGGAAGAGUGGCUCAGGCGGCAUCCUGUCAGGCUUUGUGCGUGCUGCCGACCUUUACCAUCGUGAUUCUGUAGUCGAUCCGGAUUCUACGGGCGGCAAAAAGGGUCUCUCUCCUGAAGAGAUUUAUGGCGACUUGUUUGUCAUCAAUUUUGCCGGGCAUGAUACUACCGCCAAUACCUUGGCUUUCGCAACGCUGUUGCUAGCUGCACAUCCUGAUUUCCAAGCCUGGAUUGCGGAAGAGAUCCAGGCUGUGACCCAAGGCGAGUCAGUGGAGAAAUGGGACUACAAGGAGCUAUUCCCACGGCUUAAUAGGUGUCGUGCGGUGAUGUACGAAACCCUGCGCCUAUUUCCCCCGGUUCCGGCUUUGCCCUCUAUCACCUGCGACCACACCCAAGAGUUUCAGGUCGGCGAUAAGACCUAUACCGUACCGGUAGGUAUCAACUUCACUGCCAAUCUGCGAGCCAUGCAGACGCAUCCCCAGUACUGGCCAGAUGCGAACGAGUGGAAGCCUUCCCGAUGGGUCUUGAAUGCAGCGCCUGGUAGGACCCCUUCUUUUGCACAAGUUGGACAGGAAAGCUUUUUCGUUCCGAGCAAAACUGUCUUUUUCCCGUGGGGUGAAGGUCCCCAAAUUUGCCCCGGUAAGAGAUUCGCAGAGGUGGAGGCCGUUGCUGUGAUAGCAUGCCUGUUCAAAGCGCACCGGCUGCAGAUCAAGAAAAAACAAGGGAGAGAGUGA